UUCUUUGCGUUAGCCGUAACCGGCGCUCCGAAACGUAGAGGAUCUUUAAGUAUUCACGAUGCCAGAAUAGCAGGUCUUUACGAUUUAGAAAAGACCAUUGGCAAAGGCCAUUUUGCUGUUGUCAAGCUCGCAAGCCAUGUUUUCACUGGUGAAAAGGUUGCGGUGAAAGUCAUCGAUAAAAGCAAGUUUGACGAAAAAAUAGCGUCGCAUUUUAUGCAAGAGGUCCGCUGUAUGAAACUAGUGCAGCAUCCGAACAUUGUUCGCUUAUAUGAAGUCAUUGACACACAAACAAAAUUGUUUUUAAUCCUUGAGCUUGGUGAUUAUGAUAUGUAUGAUUUUAUAAUGAGGAACGGGUGCCCGGAGGAUAUCGCACAGCAGUAUUUUUGCCAAAUAAUAAAUGCCAUAGACUACUGUCAUAAAUUACAUGUAGUACAUCGUGAUCUAAAGCCUGAAAAUGUUGUGUUUUUUGAAAAACUUGGGAUGGUCAAGUUGACAGAUUUUGGAUUCAGUAACAAAUUUACUCCUGGUAAACAGUUAGCGACCUCAUGUGGCAGUUUGGCUUACUCUGCUCCUGAAAUUUUACUUGGAGAUGCAUAUGAUGCUCCAGCUGUUGAUGUGUGGUCACUUGGCGUUAUCCUUUAUAUGUUGUUAUGCGGUCGGCUACCAUUCCAGGAAGCAAAUGAUUCUGAAACAUUAACAAAAAUUUUAGAUUGUAAAUAUACUCUACCUGAUCACUUAUCAAAUCAUGCUCGGCACUUAAUCUCGCGAAUGCUUGUGAAGGAUGCCUCGAACCGAGCUACUUUGAAAGAAAUCAAAUCAAAUCCAUGGGUUGCAGCCGGUGAAAGAGGUCUUGCGCAAGUUUUGCCUUUAGUGGGAAAAGCGAUACUCCCUGAAAGCGCACACGCUACAAUAAUUGAACAGAUGGUUGCUGGUGGUGUAGAUACUGAAGAUCGCAUCUUAAGGUCUUUGGAAAAUAAUGAUUAUUCUUAUGCAACGGCUACUUAUUACUUGCUAGCAGAGAGAGUAUUAGCAUCGUACAGAGAAGAAAAGGCUCGAGAGCUACUUGCUGCGGAACAUCCUCCUUUGCAAUUGUCAUGGAAUAGUUCUGCCUGCGUUUCCAAUACUUCAAGUCGUUCAAACUCGUGGAGGAGUGCACGUCGUCCUUGCGCGAUUUUGAAGGAGGAAAGCGAGGAAGAAUUAUCUUCUUAUCUGCACUCUUCUUCGAGACAGUCGUCGAGGAAUUCUUCUUCUUCGGUUUCGAUUUUUGAUCCUCGUAGUACGUCUAAGGAGAGGGUUUCGCCUCAAGCGAUACAAGGUUUACUAGAACUCUCAAGGAUAAAUUUGGCUGAAGGGCGUCGGCGGGCUGCGUCGCCGGACGGGCGUAGUAGAAGUCCUAGUCCUCAAAGUUCUACAGGUCGCAGUAGUCCAGGUUAUCACUCAUUUCUUAUUGCUGCUUCUGAAAGCGGUGUUGGUUCUACAAAUAUCAUGCUAACUUACAGUAAGGUUAGGAUGAUUCGACCUCGUCAAGCAGUUGUAUCUCCCGAUAUGGCGUCUCGGUAUGAGCCACACCUACGCCACCGACUUGGUUCUGGAAAAACUCAUCGCAGUACAAGUUGUUCUUCAAGUGAAGCUUCAGACGAUGACAGUAGUGAAAGACGUAUGAAUCUUCUCGUUUCUCGUUGCUGUAGGUGUGGUAACGAUGUCCACGAUGACAAUGAUGACAACUCGGGAGGAGGUUUUUUAUCUCAGUUAUAUUUUGACUAUUUUUUUGUAUUAGUACUCGUAUUUAAAUUUGAUUGCAUGGUUAAUAUUUCUGCCGAUUUUAAUUUUCUUUAA